CACAGCCAACUCCUCCGAUCGAGGCUCCUCCCCAAAGCACACUAAAAAAGGUUAUCUGCCCAUUGCUUUCCAGAUAUUCUCAAACGGCUUGUUUUUUUCCCACCUCCUUACGGAGUUGGACAAACAUAGCAACAAGCCCGGAACCUUUUAGUACCCCACGCUUCCCGUUCUGGAACUACCGUUCUCGCUUUACACUUUCGACGUCGCAUGUGUACCUCGAUACCAACAAAAGCCCAUUGCCUCGCUCGCUUCUCUGAUAAAAGCAAGACAACUGCCUGGCCACCACCCCCCCCCCUCCAGUCCUCGUGUGACAACAUCCGAAAGCAUUCCUCUAUCGCAUCCGAAAAGGUACACCAUGAGCCCUAACAGAGAUACACCUACGCCGAAAAAACGAGAGUCGCGCGCGGGGACCCGCAAAGUGACUUCUUUGUCUGCGGAACAGUUGGAGAGAAAACGGGCGAAUGAUCGAGAGGCUCAAAGGACCAUCCGGCAGCGGACAAAGGAGCACAUUGAGAACUUGGAGCUUCAGGUCGCGGAGCUCAAGGCAAGGGGUCAACAGUUUGAUGAAGUUGUACGGCGCAAUGCUAUCCUGGAGGACGAGAUUAAUCGGUUACGACAUCAACUGGCGAUAGUGGGUGGCAGGCCAGGGUAUUCGGAUCCUCAUACAUCCUACAACAGCCCACCAGCACCUUCGCUUCCUCCACAACUACCCGGACCGCUAGGCCUACACCCAGCAUCUCGAGCCCCAUCCGCCCUAUCGACGCCAAGUCAAGUAUCUCUCGCCCCAGACUGGCAACACUACAGCUCAGUCCGGUCGCCUUCAUCCCUCUGCGAAACAUCAGAGACAGAAUACCCGAACCGGGUCGAGUCAUACAUGUUGGGAGGAGGGCAACUCCAAGCCCCUCAAAUCCCAUCGCAAGCACCAGCGUCAAUGCCCAUUGCGCCGCCGCAGAUUCCGGGCUUCAAUGCCUCUGGCGCUACUCGUUUACCAGAUCCAACGACCCCGUCAUACUCGCAGUACUACCCAACUAGCAAUCCCCACCCGAGUCACGGGGAGGACUUGCCGCAACAUAGUCCUCAGCCGGGUGCGAUGGCGUACGGUGCUGCGCCGCGGUCGAUUCCUGAUGCGUCUAUCCCACCACCUGACAAGGGUCCUGGCGAGUAUCCAGUUUUCCCACAGCAGCAGCCGCAGUUUCAGAAUGCCCUGGGCCGACCACAGGGUAAUCAGUCGCAGUACACUUACCCUUGGUACCAGCAGUCUUGAGAGACGGUUGACGCGAGUCAGGGUCACGGAAGAAAUUUUUGCAUAGGCUCCCGUUCCCCUCUACCGGGAAUAACACGAGCUGCGAGUCCAGGUUGUUGAACAUUUGUUUACCUU